CUGGAGACCAUGACCGAGUGGAAGAGGCUUCUCUUUCUGAAGGAGGUGACGGACCCAGAAUGGAGGGGACUUCCAUCAGAGAUAAACUUGAUUCUGGUGACAUCCUAUUGGGAGAUGAGGUUGAAGACUCAGAUGAUGCGGCACACUCUCUCUCUGGUAUGUCGCCCGCUGAAAGCAUACUCUCAGAUGAAGAGCUCCUUCUGGACCAGAUCAAGGACUUCAAGAAUCCAGACAGCAGCACAAAGACUGAAGUUUGGCAAACUGACUGGCACAAGAAUCACAUGGCAGUGAUAAGUAGCGAGACAUUUGACAGCCUCCUGAAGAUGUGUCCUGAUUUCCAUGGCUGUAAGAGCCACGUAGCAGCAUUUGUCUUGAUAAGAGAAGUGUUGGAUACAAGUGGUCGUCCAUGUGAGCAUUACAAAGUGGUGGCGUUGGGAGCUGGCCGUUCAUGCUGCAGGAAGUGGCUUUGCUACAAUGGGACAAUGGUCCAUGACUGCCACGCCAUCAUCAUUGCCAGACGGGCUCUCCUGAGGUUUCUGUACAAACAGCUUUUGCUGUUCUUUGAUGCGGAUCCAAGGGCCAAGGAGAACUGUAUUUUUGAGAGUAAUUCAGACAGCCACCUGCUUCAGCUCAAACCCAAGAUCAGUCUGCAUCUCUACACCAACCAGUGUCCUGAAGGAGCAGCUAAGAACUUCUACUUCAAGGGCCCUCUGAAUAAUACUUGGACAGCUAUGAAGCUGCAGUAUCAUGCCAAGGGCCUGCUGAUCCCUGUAGCCUACCUUGACCCGAGUCACUGGGGUGCAAAAGUCUGCUGCAUGUCUGGCAGUGACAAGCUGUGUCGCUGGACUGUCACUGGAGUUCAGGGUGCAUUACUGAGCCACUUUAUCCAGCCACUCUACAUCACCAGCAUGGUUCUAGGGGGCCAGAAUCGCUUUAAUGAGGAAGUGUCUGAUAUCACCAACAAGCGACUGGGUGAUUCAUUGAAAGACUUUCUGCCGCAGUCCUACAAAAAACACGACAUCUUCUUCCUCUGUGGUGACUAUGUGGGGCCGGUCGUGGCCUCCCCGCGGCAUGACGAUUUCAGCAUCAACUGGUGCCUCGGAGACAAGGAUAUAGAAGUUCUGGACAGUAGCGAGGGCUUCAUCAUUGAUGGCUCUCCAUCUGUGAGUGGACCAGGCUUCUCCAGCAGACUUUGCAAGAGGGCCCUCUACAGUUAUUUCCGCCGAGUUGCACAGCUGGGUGGGCAUAGCUAUCUGCUGGAUCUCCCCACCUACCACAGCGUCAAGGUGGAAGCUGUUAUCUACCAGACAGUUAAAGAUCUGGUCAAGCAACAGUUUCUGAACAACGAUGCAGGUCCCUGGAAUUCAAAAAAGCUGGUGGACUCCUUUAGCACUUGAAUGUGCUGCGAGUAACAGGCCAUGAAGAAGUUUAUCCAAGUUCCACUUGAGAUUUUGUUUGCUGUUGUUCAGUGCACUUCACUAAUUACCUUUAACAGUAAAUCUAUUUUUUUUUUGUUUAACAUUGUUGUUUUUAGUUUGUGUAGGUG